UGUGAUCACCAGAGUUUAGAAUUAUCGAAAUAAAAUUACACAUGCGGUAGCAUUCUAUAUAGUUUGUGAAUUACACCUAAAUACACAUUACUCACGGAGCCUAAAGGCUAAAUACCUCCCACGACAUGUUCAAUAAAAGUUGCUGCUCUAUAUGCCUAUCUGAAAAUAAAAAGACUAUCAACAUUUACGGUACAGAUCUGCAAAAUGUUUAUGAGAAACUAGCUGAAUUUAAGGCGAAAGCCGAGUUAUGUUUUCUAUGCUGCAUAUGUUGUGUGAGACUACGACAAGUUGCCAACCUUCAGAACGCAGUAACAAGCAGUGACCAGUUACCAAAAACUUUAGUCCAUCUUACGACACAGAAUAUUGAAAAUGAAACUGUACAGGACCAUGUCGUGUUAGUCAAACAGGAGCCUCUGGAAUUUGAGGAUGUCCAGGACAGACACAUAGAACCUGACGAUGUGUCAAUAAAAUUUGAAAUGGAGAUUACUGAGUAUACUUGUGAGAUUGAAAUAACAGACAAAAGUAUUGACUAUGGAGUAAAAGAAGAAAAAACCACCAAUCGACAUGGAAAUGAAAUUGAUGGAACCGUGCAAGACUCACGGGUUGUGGAUUGUAUAGUGCGACCGAGUCAAAGUGAUAUUAACAAACAUGUCCACCAAAGUCCAACAACACACCUUGUUGUAGAAGAUCCCAAGGAUUGUGGGGGUCAGACGGGAAAUAAAGGUGUCAAACACGAGAACGAGCGACCCAACACAGAUGACUGCGAGGGGCGAGGCCAUGCCAGCGCAGCACAGUCCAGCAAGACACCCCACACCUGUGAUGUUUGUUUGAAGAACUAUACAACAAGAAGCUAUUUACUGAGGCACAUGAUAUCUCAUACAUGCUCAUUUAGCUGUGACACAUGUUCAAAAAAAUUUUCAAGUCAAAAAGCUUUGGAUGAACACACAAGAGUUCAUACAGGCGAGAAGCCAUUCAGUUGUGACAUUUGUUCAGAGAAGUUUUCAAGACAAAAAUGUUUGGUCGUACACAAGAGAAUUCAUACAGGCGAAAAAUUAUUAAGCUGUGAAUUUUGUCCCAAGAAUUUCUUUUCAAAAUCCAAAUUGACUGAACACACAAGAGUUCAUACUGGCGAGAAGCCAUUUAGUUGUGACAUAUGUUCACAAAAGUUUACAAGAAAAUGCACUUUGACCACACACAAAAGAUUUCAUGAAGAGGAGAAAUUAUUUAGCUGUCAAUUUUGCCAAAAGAACUGUUAUACAAAAAGCCAAUUGAUUGUACACACAAGAAUGCAUACAGGCGAGAAGCCAUUUAGUUGUGAAAUAUGUUUAAAGAAAUUUUCAAAGAAAGACGAAUUGACUUUACACACAACAGUUCAUACAGGCGAAAAACCAUAUAGCUGUAAUGUUUGUUUUAAGAAUUUUCGCGUAAAGAGCAAUUUGAAUUCACACAUCAACAGAGUUCACAUAGGCACGAAACCAUUUAGUUGUGACAUAUGUUCAAAGAAGUUUUCUACAAAAAAAGAAUUGACUGUACACACAACAGUUCAUACGGGCGAGAAACCAUUUAGUUGUGACAUUUGUUCAAAGAAAUUUUUACUGAAAAGCAUAUUGACGGAACACACAAGGGUUCAUACAGGCGAGAAACCAUUAAGUUGUGACAUAUGUUCAAAGAAGUUUUACACAAAAAAUGCGUUGACUAAACACACAAUAGUUCAUACAGAUGAAAAACGAUAUAGCUGUAAUGUUUGUUUUAAGAAUUUUCGUUUUAAGUGCAAUUUGAAUUCACACAUUUACAGAGUUCACAUAGGCGAGAAACCAUUUAGUUGUGACAUAUGUUCAAAAAAUUUUUCUACAAAAAAAGAAUUGACUGUACACACAAUAGUUCAUACGGGCGAGAGACAAUUUAGUUGUGACAUUUGUUCAAAGAAAUUUGCACAUAAACGCAAUUUGAUUGUACACACAAGAAAACAUACAAGCCAGUGAUGUUUGUCCAAAGAAAUUUCGUAUACAUGUGGUCAAUCAGGUAGCAGAUAGAUGCAAGGAAUACAACAUGACCUUUUACUUCUACUUUGUGGAUUAUUGCAAGGCGUUUGACUCUAUAGAUCAUACAAAAAUCUGGGAGGCAUUGAAAAACCACGGUGUAGAGCAUAAAUAAUAUAUUAGACUGGUUACAAAUAUAUGCACAGUAACUACUGCGAAAAUGAAACUAGAAAAAGAAUGAAAAGAAAUAAAAAUACAAAGAGGAGUGAGGCAAGGAGACCCACUAUCGCCUAAAUUGUACUCGACGAUGCUCGAAGAAGCGUUCCGAAAACUCGACUGGAACGACCUGGGCCUCAAUAUUAACGGCGAAAAACUGACACAUCUGAGGUUUGCGGAUGACAUAAUCAUUGCCACAUCUCAAGGUCGAAUGCAAGUUGCAACGCAUGCUUGAAGAACUCAACUCAGUAAGUAAAGAAGUCGGACUGACAAUGAACCUCCUAAAAACAAAAGUUAUGAUUAAUGGAAGUACAACAAACAUAAUAAUUACUGUAGAUGAUGUGAUUGAAUAUGUUUUAAAUAGGUACGGUAUACCAUUAUCUAUGACAUAAAGAAAUACAAAAAAGAAUUAGCAAUGCCUGGAAAAGAUUCUGGAGUUUUAAAGAAAUAGUAAAAUGCAAAAGUAUAAACAUAGGCAUCAAAGACUUUUUCUUUUUAAUUUUACUUUAAUUUUGACAUAUUAUAGGGUUAAAAUAUGUAUAAGAAUAAUUAUUAUGACUUAUGAAUUAUAGUUAAGAAUCGACUAAUCUUAUUAACAAUUACUUAUUGAUAUUUGACUGAUACUUAAACCAAUAAUGUUAUUAAGAGUCCGGGUGCCAUCGCAA